AUGAAACUACUAAAGUUUCACUUAAGAUAUCAUCCACCCGGAAUAAUUCUGGAGUAUACAAAAAAAGGCAACGUUAAGAGUAAGGAUAUCGAUCUCUUGGAAUUGAACUGCAAUUCAGAUGUGAAACAAAUAGCAGAUAACCUCCAACAAAAGGAAGCGCUUAUAACGGAUGAAGUUCGUGAACAGUUGGAGCAGUGCCUGGUGACGCUGAAGAAGAGGAUCGAACACGAGGGUCCUACAGGAAAACGCUUCUACAUCUAUAAAACUUUAGUCACUCAUCUCCUACCAUUAACCAAUGUGGCUUUUGAUAAGGCUGGAAGCAACAACCUCGUCGUGACGGGAUCGUUCGACAAGUCGGCAAGGAUCUGGCGCGUGGAGACGGGAGAAUGUAUAUAUACGCUUUGGGGACACAGCGCUGAGAUUGUCUCUGUCCAGUUCGCCCCUAGAGGCGGUCAUGUCGCCACCGCUUCCAUGGACCACACGGCGAAACUCUACGAUGCUCUUACAGGUACGGAGGUACACACGUACACUGGUCACACCGCCGAAGUCAUCGCGCUCCAGUUCGAUCCCACUGAAGGCCAGCACCUUAUCAGUGGAUCGUUCGACGGCACGAUAUUUCUGUCUGGUCACACGGCAGAAAUAUCUAACGCCCAGUACAACUGGGACAGCUCGCUGGUGGGUUCAGCUUCGUUGGACGGCAGCGCGAAGCUCUGGGACACGCGAGAACGCACCUGCAUCGCCACUGUAACGGCAGCCACAGCCGAGGUGUUGGACGUGUGCUUUGACUGGGCGGGGCGCCGGCUUGCCACGGCUGGCAGCGAUGGCACCGCGCGGGUGUAUGAAGCUCGCGUCGACUGCAGAGAGCUGGCCACCAUGCAAGGACAUCGGGAAGAAGUCUCUAAGGUCUGCUUCAGUCCAGCUGGUGGGUGUCUGCUGACCGCUUCCGCUGACAAGACAGCGAGAAUCUGGAACGCUUCUACUGGUAACUGCAUACAAGUGCUGUCUGGUCACCAGGGCGAAAUAUUUUCAUGCGCGUUCUCUUACGCGGGUGACACCAUCGUCACCGCGUCUAAGGACAACACCUGCAGAAUCUGGAGAUGA